AUGGCGCCCGUCGACAGGAUAGACCACGAUGCCAUUGAGCAACAGCUCAAGGACGUCAUCCAAGACUUCUACCGCAUCAUGGUCCAGGUCUCGACAUACGACUCCAUGGGCCGCUCAAGCAAAGAAGUCCUCUCCAACGAAAUCAAAGCCCUCUCCACCUCCCUCCAAAACGUCCACACCGCCGCCUCCCCGCCAAACCACCUCCCCUCCGUACCCCCCGAACUCCUCGAGUACGUCGAGAACGGCCGUAACCCGGACAUCUACACACGAGAGUUCGUCGAGCUCGUUCGCCGCGGCAACCAGCUCAUGCGCGGCAAGGCCAACGCCUUCGCCUCCUUCCGCGACGUCCUCGCCGAGCAGAUGGCCUCGGCCAUGCCCGAGCUGCGCGACGACGUGGCCCGCGUGCUCGAGGCUACCGGCGGGAACCCGGCCAUUGCGAAUGGCGGCGCGAAUUCUAACAGUCUCCCGGCGAGACCCGCGCCGACAGGGCAGACCGGCAGUCAGUAG